CCCUUGUUAAAUUACUUCUAUUAAGAUAGAAACGAGUGGUUAAUUUUCUACUGAAUAGAAUUUCUUCCUCCUGCGGCGACAAUAAGCUAAUAAGCAUGGCAGCCGACGAUUCCCCGGGGCUGAAAUCUCUGGAGGCGUUGAUUGGUGGUUCUCUCCCGGAGAAUCUCUCGAAGCUAUCUUCUACUUGUCUUGCAAUUCCAGCGAAUAAGGAUUUCCAUUUUCUCUGCAAUUUCGAUGAGUUCAAGCUUCGGAUUGAUGAGAUUUCAGGGAGCUCGCAGUGUGUUCUUGAGACGAUCGGUGGCUUCUGUCGGAAACCGAUGAGAUAUUCAGGGGAUGUUGUAGGAGAUGAUGCGUAUGACUGGCUUGUUAACCUGAACGAUGAAGUUCUCCAGAGAAUUGAUUUGGAUUUGGAAGACACAAUGAAGAAGGAAACUGAUUCGAAACAUGGAAAGGCAAAGGUUUCGUUUCAUAUAGCAACGAUAAAGAAGCCUCAGGAGGAGUAUAAGAUUUUGGUGAACAACGCAAAUGUACCGUUUGAGCAUGUUUGGUUGGAGAAGAAGGAGAACAAUCUAGGCUUUAUUCAUCCACUGGAGAAACUUUCAGUGAUGGACUUUGUUGAUAAAGAUAUAUCAGAGAUGAAACCUGUUGAACCCCUCUCUUUGGAAGGAAUUCCAUUCAAGCUUGUUGAAGAAAUCAAUGAUCUGAAGGAUUUAGCUGCGAAAUUGUCUAGUGUUGAUGAGUUUGCUGUUGAUCUGGAGCAUAAUCAGUAUAGGUCUUUUCAAGGAUUAACAUGCUUGAUGCAAAUAUCUACCAGAACGGAGGAUUAUAUAGUCGAUACAUUCAAGCUUUGGGAUCACGUUGGUACAUAUCUCAGGGAUAUCUUCAAAGACCCUAAAAAGAAAAAGGUUAUGCAUGGAGCAGAUCGAGAUAUUAUUUGGCUUCAACGUGACUUCGGCAUAUAUGUUUGCAAUCUCUUUGACACAGGACAGGCCUCAAGGGUGCUAAAGCUGGAGAGAAAGAGUCUUGAAUUUCUUCUGAAACAUUAUUGUGGAGUUGCUGCAAAUAAACAAUACCAAAAUGCAGACUGGAGAAUACGACCCCUUCCAGAUGUAAUGACAAGAUAUGCUAGAGAAGAUACACAUUAUCUUUUGUAUAUUUAUGAUGUAAUGCGAGUAGAUUUGCACACGGUAGCAAAAGAAGACGAGAAACCUGACUCCCCUCUGGUAGAGGUUUAUAAGCGCAGCUAUGAUGUGUGCAUGCAACUAUAUGAGAAAGAGCUUCUGACUGAGAAUUCAUAUCUUCACAUUUAUGGGGUUCAGGCAGCUAAUUUCAAUGCGGUUCAACUUGCCAUUGUUGCGGGGCUUUGUGAAUGGCAAGAUCGGAUUGCACGAGCAGACGAUGAGAGCACUGGUUAUGUAUUACCAAACAAAACUCUUCUUGAAAUAGCGAAAGAGAUGCCAAUUAAUGUGGGAAAGUUGCGACGGUUGUUUAAGUCAAAGCUUCCUUACAUCGAGCGUAAUGUUGACGCGGUGAUCAGUGUCAUCAGGCGAUCAAUGCAAAAUGCAGCGGCGUUCGAGCCAGUUGUUCAAUCCUUAAAAACAUGGCAUCCUGGAACGGUCUUUGAGAAUAAUAUUGAAAGCACCGUUGAGGAAACAUGCACAGAAGCUGUUGUAGCUUCUUCUCUGAGUUCAAAGAAGUUUUUGCAGGUUGAAAAUGACAUCGGGGGCGUCAGGACCACAGUCUCGCAUGGUUCAGGAAAGGUUAGUGUGGAUGUUUCGGAGGAACAAAGCGGUGGUUUUGGAGCUUUGCCUUCAAAGAGGAAGUUUGGAAAUGAGAACAAGGUGAUAACUAAUGCUUACAUAGAGAUUAAGAAAAAGCUUGGAUCAAUCGGUUAUUACCAAUCUAUUGAGAAUAUGCAGGCAAAUGAAGAGGUCAAAGUGUCCAAGUCAAAGCCAGCAUGUGUCUCUAAGCCAGAUGAGGUAAUUAUUCUAUCGGAUGACAAUGAUGAGUAUGGUGAAGAAACAUCGGAACCCGAAGAUGCGGCGGAUAGUGUUUCAGAAACGCCUUUUAAGGGACCGGAUGUAUCAAUUAACGUGAAGACAUUUGGUCCGGAUAUUAUCGUGUUAGAUGAUGAUGACUCAGAUGAUGAUGACUCGGAUAAUGACUCAGAAGCUGGAGAUGGUAGGGAAAGGGAAGUUGAAAGGAUGAAUAAGAUAAGUGAACAGCAGGGGAAAUUCAUGAGUUUGAAACCGGGCUUUCUCAACAUUUAGCUGUUUGAUUAGCUUUUGUAGUACAGUGUUUCAAUGAAUUUCUGUCCCUUAUUUUGUAUUUCUCGUUUGUAUACAAUGUAUUUUGACUUAUAUAUUAAUGUACUUUUAGUGUUCCCAAAA